UUCCAGGGUUGUAGGGAGACACUCUGUAGCCUCUGAAGGCAGGCUCCGCCUUGGGUCCCUUGAUCUGCGAGUUUGUGGGUCAGUGAAUCGGGGCGAGCAGCUUCGACCUCGCUAUGGCGCCCCUGCUGCAGCUUUUGUGGCUGUUGACGCUGAUCGCGACCGUGGUCCUGAGCCCGGUCCCUGCCAAGCCCUGGGCGGAUGACGAGCAAGCCUGGAGCCUGUCCUCCCAGGAGCUGCUGGCGCCCGCCCGCUUCGCGCUGGACAUGUACAAUUACGGCCGUACUGCGGGGACAAGGGCCGUGCUAGGGGCGGUACACGGGCGCGUCCGGCGGGCCGGCCGGGGCUCUCUGUUCUCCCUGGAAGCCACAUUAGAGGAGCCACCUUGCAAUGAUCCCCUGGUGUGCCUGCACCCUGAGACGAAGAAAACAAUGCUCUGCAGUUUUGAAGUCCUGGAAGAGCUAAAAGAACACUUGCUGCUGAGGAAGGACUGUAGCCCAGUGAAUGCCAAGGUUACAGGUGCUGGGAUAGAUAGCUCAAGUAGACUGGGAUAGCCCAGACCAUACCUGACUCAGAAUCCAGCCUUGAUUACUUCUGUCCAACCCUAUCCAGAGUAUGGGAACGAGACCUUCCGCGCAUUCCUUCCCAUGCUGGACAAGGAUCCCCUGCCCCAGGACUUUUCUGUGAAGAUGGCUACACUCUUCAAGGACUUCAUGACUACCUAUAACCGGACUUACGAAUCAAGGGAAGAAGCCCAGUGGCGCUUAACUGUCUUUGCCAGAAAUAUGAUACGAGCGCAGAAGAUUCAGGCUCUGGACCGUGGCACAGCUCAGUAUGGGAUCACCAAGUUCAGUGACCUCACAGAGGAAGAGUUCCACACCAUCUACCUGAAUCCCCUCUUACAAAAGGAGUCUGGCGGGAAGAUGAGUCUAGCCAAGUCCAUAAAUGAUCUCGCCCCACCUGAAUGGGACUGGAGGAAGAAAGGGGCUGUCACUGAAGUGAAGGACCAGGGCAUGUGUGGCUCCUGCUGGGCCUUCUCUGUCACAGGCAACGUGGAGGGCCAGUGGUUCCUGAACCGGGGGACACUGCUUUCCCUGUCAGAGCAGGAGCUUUUGGAUUGUGACAAGAUGGACAAGGCCUGCAUGGGUGGACUGCCCUCCAACGCCUACACAGCCAUAAAGAAUUUGGGAGGGCUGGAGACAGAGGAUGACUAUGGCUACCAGGGCCACGUUCAAGCCUGUAACUUCUCAACACAGAUGGCAAAAGUCUACAUCAACGAUUCAGUGGAGCUGAGCCGGGAUGAGAACAAGAUAGCAGCCUGGCUGGCCCAGAAAGGACCUAUCUCAGUUGCCAUUAAUGCCUUUGGCAUGCAGUUCUAUCGCCAUGGGAUUGCUCACCCAUUCCGGCCCCUCUGCAGCCCUUGGUUCAUCGACCACGCUGUGUUGCUGGUGGGCUAUGGAAACCGCUCCAACAUUCCUUACUGGGCCAUCAAGAACAGCUGGGGCAGGGACUGGGGUGAGGAGGGUUACUACUACUUAUAUCGUGGGUCCGGGGCCUGUGGUGUGAAUACCAUGGCCAGUUCGGCAGUGGUGAACUGAGAGACUUGCUGGCCUAGGACCUGACAUUGACCACAGUGGCCCCUUCCUUAGCCUGAGUCAUGCGCGGGCCCCUCCUCAGAAGACAGACGGCUGAGGAACAGGCACUUUGUACCUCAGGGUGAGCAGCAGGCCCUGCGCCCUUUCUUCCCUCCUUCUCAUGCUUGCCUGAAGUUCUCCAGCUGCAUCUUUGUUGGAUUGUGGUAGCUAGGAGGAUCCUGAGGUGAAGGAGGCUUUCCCGGAAGCCAACACUGGGGCAAGAACCUUGGGCUACAAUAUGAUGCAGGAUGAAAGUCUGCUCGUCACGAAACUAGAUUUGUCCUCAGCAGGCUCUGUCUUUCUGCUUUGUUGUUCCUCAGCCUGAUGCUGUACAUCUUCUGGUCCCUUUCCACACCCAGCCUUCCCUAAGAGCAAUAAAAGGUAGCCUGCU